AUGGCGUUGUCCCCUCCCUCUCCCUCGGGUCUCCGUGCCCCUCCUCUUCCCCUCUCCUGUUCCUCAGCUUUACUUGCGCACACAGAGAGAGCCAUCACUGCUUCCCCUCUUUUGCUCCUUGACCCCUCCAAGACCACGAUCAAACACCUUUUACGCGGCCCACCAUGGAUAACGUGGAGAAGCAGAGAGUCGUCGCUCAAAUCCUGCUCACAUCGUUUUUGGUCUCUGGCUGAACGUUUGAGGAUCGUCUCUAGCCUUGGACCCAGUCCAAUGGACAAACGGUGCCGUUUAGGCCGUUAUGGAGCUCUUUCAUUGUCUCGUCAUCGUUGGUACGGCUAUGGUGAAGCACGAAAGCGGGUGCAGACGGCGCGGGCGCGUUGCACCGCGGGUGGGAAGCAAGCCACUCUCCAUACUCAAGUGAGGGGAAUUUUCCUCGCUCUCUCUUCUCGUUGGCGGGCACUUUGUUUACAAACUGCGGUUUCGCGAUUCAUGUCAACAAUGGGCCCCUGCAGACCCUGUUUCUGGAUCCUAGCUUCAACGCGAAGUCAUGUGUUGUUUCACGUGAUUCCGACAAGGAUGGUGUCUCCAGCAGUGACGUCUCUAGCCGCCGUCAUCCCGGUUUGGCAGCUGGUUGGACGGUCCGGUUGGGCGAACCUGGUUCAAGGUUGA